CUGUCCUCAUGGCAGCAAAUUACACACUGGCCCUGGACUGCGAUACGAAACAUCUGGCAGCUGUGCGUCUGCACACAGCGGCGGCGUAUUAAAGAAGCCAGCGGCGCAGCGGAGAGGCCAGACGCUGGUUCGAGCCGCGACCCGCCAGGACGAUGAACUCCCCAGCGCUCCUGCUACUGUGGGCACUGCCGCUGCUGGCCCCGGCGCUGGGCCAGCCCAACUUCAUCCCGGACGAGCCCUGGGUCAACACGUACCGGCAGGGCUUCAACUUCCAGUGCGCGCACGGAGAGGCGCUGGUGGCCAUCCGGAGCUACUUCAGCGCGGAGGAGGGAUCGGACCGGCUGUGGACCUUCGAGUGCCAACCCACCCCCCAGGGCCUGGGGCUGCCCACCGAGUGCUGGUGGGACGAUAUCAACCGCGCCGGGAUGGAAUGGACUUCAACAUGCACUAACAACGGGCUGGUGGCUGGGGUUCAGAGCCAGUACUUCAACUCAGUGCUGGACCGGGAGUGGCAGUUCUACUGCUGCCGAUACAGCCGCAGGUGUCCCUACUCCUGCUGGAAGACUAUGGAUGUUCCCCAGUACUACAGGGAAGAGGGGGAGAUGGUCAUCCCCAGCUAUGGCUACUUCAUCAGAGGGGCACAGACCACCUUCAGCGGAGUGCUCAGGGAUCGACAGUGGAAGUACAUCUUAUGCAGGAUGACAGACUUCGACUGCGAAUUUGUAAACCACUAAGGCCCAUGUAUGGAUAUGUAAGAUCACUCAUAGCUUAGCAGUAAAGGUGGUUCGUGUGUGCAUGCAAAAAAUGUGUCUAUACAUCUGUCUUUGUCCUUAGUUUACUUUUAACCUCAGCUUAGUGUUUUAUGUUCCAUGAGCUACACCAUUAAUGGGCAACUUAAUUGUCUGUCUUUUUUUAUCAGUCUGGCAGUGCUUAAUCAGUGCUCAUAUCGAUCAGUGAUUCUCAGUACUUGAAGCGAUAUCUUCUUCUACCAUUACAUUACGGGCUUUUAGCAAACACUUGUAUUUAGAGCAACUUAUACAAUUUAAAUUAGUAACCAUUUAAAAUAGCUGGAUAUGCACUGAAUCAAUUCAGGUGAAGUACCUUGCUCAAAAGUACAACGGCAGUGCCCUACCCGGUAAUCGAACCGGCAACCUGAUAGUAACCCCAUGUACUCUCAACAGAGGCAGGCUUCAUUUGGAUCCAUUAUUGAAAAGAUCAUAGUGAAAACUCAGUGACAUAAUCACAUAUUUUUCCAGGGCAAUAUAAAAAACUUUUUUACAUCAUAUGGAUAGAUUCAUACUACAUUACUACACUGUGCAAUACCUCUUCACAUAAGUUCACAUAAGGAAACAGGCUGUUAUUGUAGUUUCAAAUUAGAUUCCCCCCAUCAGAUAUACAUAAAACCAGAAAAAUAUUGAAUCUGAAUCAUAACGGUUGAAAAGGCUCGUAACUUAGCUGAAAGUAAUAUAUCAAAGAAGUCAGAGGAGAAGAGCUGAGAUGAUUGAGAGAGACUCCUGCAGGAAGAGCAAAAGUAAGACCAGCUGCUCAGGAUACAGUGAGAUGACUUGCAUAAUGCGAAAGCCUUCAAAGUCUUAAACUGCAAAAUGUGCUCAGGGUGCUUUCUUUGAUUCGAGAACUGAAAGCAAAGCUUGCGUUAAUCCGUCUGUAAAUCAGAAAAGCUUUUUAGCUUGGUCCAAUGUGUAGCAUCAAUGCACUUAUGGGCAUUUAUUUAAAAAAAAAUAAAAAAUUUUAAGAACAUUUUUAAAUGUAAUACUUGAAUAGUAAAACGAAGGAGUGACCUGUUGAUGGAGAGAUGAACAUCAUUUAGCCUGUUGCAAAAACAUGUAAUUUGUAAAGUGUGUGUGCUUUAAAGGUCAGUUCAUUGCAGCAAUGUACAUGAAACUGAUACGCUGCUUGAAAAUUAAAAGAAAAAUUAGUACAUAACAAAUGACUCUAAUCUAAUCUAAUCUGGCACAAAAAGUCAUUUGUCCUAUAUUUUAAAGAGGAAGUAGAUGCCUCAGUCGGGACAAUCACAGGAAGUACUGAUGGCAGAGUAUGCUUUCGGGGGGGGAUGACCAGGAUUUCCUGGUUUUCUGCUCACUUAAGAAGUAAUGUUAAAAAGUUAGAGCCACUUAUUUCAUGAUGGUUAAAUGUAUCUUGUUCACAGUUACCCAAUACAGGGACGCAAAUCGCUACGAAGCUCGAUAGGCUGGGAGGACUCACCGAUAUUCAAGCGAGUGUGAGUUACGGUGUCGAGUGUACAGAGGCGAUUCCAAGGGACUGGGGGGGGGGGCUAGACAGAAUCUCCCAUGGGGCCCUUCUAAUGACCGAUUGAUUUCAACCGUCAUCAUUUUACCCAGAAUUCCUGAAGCUCAGCCCUUUGGGGGGGAGGCCUCAGUCCGUAGCCGGCCUCACCCAUUCAUGAGAUUUGCUUCUGCGAGUCUGCAGAGUGUGUCAUUUAAAAAAUGAAAAUGACACGGGCCAGUGCCGGAGCCGUGGCAGGGAUGAGACCCGCAUAAAUAUCAGGGCGGAAGCGCACGGCCUUGUGGGACGCAUCCGGUUUCGCAACGAGCCCUGAGUAAUCGACUUUGUCCCAGCUGCCGCUGCUUUGAAGCCAGAUCCCAUCAAACAGAACCUGAAAAGGUCGCCCCGCACAACCUUUUCACAUAUUAAACGUGUGACACCAUGCCUCGCUUCCGAAAUAUGACUUGACAAUAGUCAGGUUACAUAAUGCAGCCGCCUGUGCUACUUAUGCUCAUGGGGGUUUGGGGAAGUUGGGGAAGGACUGUGCUUUUAAUCAGAGCCUUACAUCACAUCCCAUGAAAAAAAAACCAAAACAAAAAAAAACAAACUAAGCAUACGUGACAUACAAUUAAAAUUUUUGUCAAGUAUGCUUAGUAUACUAUUGAAAAAAUAGUAUGCUGAAGUAUACUAUUUUAUACCUACGAAUAGUAUACUUCAGCAUACUAUUUUUUCACGAGAUUACAGACUACAGCGUUACAGGUCUGCUUCCAGGGCAGGGCACUAACAGCAUGAGUACAUUAUGGGUAUAUUAAAAGCAUGUCGUAAAAUGAAAUGUAUCAUUAUUAUUAAUGUGCUACCAUUUAGCAAGGUGCAAACUGUAUUUUUGAGUAUCCAUCUGUUUACUAUAUAUACAAAGUAAAAGCAAUGUAUGAUAAUGGCAGCCAUACAAUAAAGAAAUUUCUACGU